AUGGCUAGGACUAUCUUAACUUCCCGUGCUCGCAACACUUCUGUAGGCAAAGGCAAAAGCAAAGCUAUGCGAGCUCAUGUCUUUGGAAAGUCUGCUCCUGCUACUGGAGGCGUCAUGAAAUCCGUUCGUGUUGCUCAGAAACCUUCCCUGUCUGAGAUUCGUCCGCGCCAAAGCACUACGGAACGCUUGAUUCCUAAACAGCCCUUCCAACGUCUGGUUGCUGAAACCGCUCAGAAGUUUGGCAAGGCCAUUCGGUUCCAGUCUACGGCCAUUGCUGCUCUCCAAGAGGCUGCUGAAGCUCACUUGGUUGAAUACUUUCAAGACACCUUACUGGCUGCUAAGCAUGCCAAGAGAGUCACCAUUCAGGUUGCGGACUUGCAACUGUCUACUGGAGGCAAAGCUCCUCGAAAGCAACUCGCCACCAAAUCAGCUCGCAAGUCAGCUCCUGCUACUGGUGGUGUCAAGAAGCCUCACAGAUACCGUCCAGGAACUGUCGCUCUUCGAGAAAUCCGUCGAUACCAAAAGUCUACUGAGCUCUUGAUCCGAAAGUUGCCCUUCCAACGUUUGGUCCGUGAAAUCGCUCAAGACUUCAAGACUGACUUGCGAUUCCAAUCUUCAGCUAUUGGUGCCCUCCAAGAAGCUGCUGAAGCCUACCUCGUUGGUCUCUUUGAAGACACCAACUUGGCAGCCAUUCACGCCAAGCGUGUCACCAUCCAACCAAAGGAUAUCCAAUUGGCUCGCCGAUUACGUGGUGAACGACAAUAA